AUGGCCGACCAGCGUAUUGCCAUCAUCUCGGUCUACGACAAGACCGGCCUUCUGGACCUGGCCAAGGGCCUCGUCAAGAACAAUGUCCGCAUCCUCGCCUCGGGCGGCACCGCCAGGAUGAUCCGCGAGUCUGGAUUCCCUGUUGAGGACAUUUCUGCCAUCACCAAGGCCCCCGAGAUGCUGGCUGGCCGCGUCAAGACCCUCCAUCCUGACGUGCACGCCGGUAUCCUGGCCCGCAACCUGGCCUCGGACGAGAAGGAUCUCGCCGAGCAGAACAUCAACAAGGUCGACUAUGUCAUUUGCAACUUGUAUCCUUUCAAGGAGACCGUCGCUAAGGUCAAUGUCACCAUCCCGGAGGCCGUUGAGGAGAUCGAUAUUGGCGGUGUCACUCUCAUUCGGGCUGCUGCCAAGAACCACGCUCGCGUCGUCAUCCUCAGCGACCCCAAGGACUAUCCUGAGUUCCUGAAGGAGCUGGAAGCCGGCGAGAUCAGGGAGGAGAGCCGCAAGCGUUAUGCCCUUAAGGCCUUCGAACACACCGCUGACUACGACGCCGCUAUUUCCGACUUCUUCCGCAAGCAGUAUGCCGGCGACGGCCUUCAGUACCUCCCUCUUCGCUAUGGUACCAACCCCCACCAGAAGCCUGCUUCGGCCUUCAUUGCCGAGGGUCAGCUGCCGUUUAAGGUCCUGUGCGGCUCCCCUGGCUACAUCAACCUCCUCGAUGCCCUUAACAGCUGGCCCCUUGUUAAGGAGCUCAAGAAGGCUCUCGGCAAGCCCGCUGCGGCUAGCUUCAAGCAUGUCUCGCCCGCUGGCGCUGCUAUCGGUCUCCCCCUGACUGCCGAGGAGCGCAAAGUCUACAUGGUCGACGACAUUCCCGGCAUCGAGACCUCGGCCCUGGCUCAGGCCUAUGCUCGCGCUCGUGGUGCUGAUCGCAUGAGCAGCUUCGGCGACAUGAUCGCUCUCAGCGACAUUGUCGACGUCCCCACCGCCAGCAUCAUCUCCAAGGAGGUGUCUGACGGUGUCAUCUCUCCUGGCUACGAGCCCGAGGCUCUCGAGAUCCUUAAGAAGAAGAAGGGCGGCAAGUACCUGGUCCUUCAAAUGGAUCCUGAGUACGAGCCCGGUAAGACCGAGACUCGUACCGUCUAUGGUGUCACCCUUCAGCAGGGUCGCAACGACUACGAGAUCACUCCGGAGACUUUCAAGAACGUCAUCGUUCCCAAGAACUCGACCCUGCCCGAAAGCGCUCUUCGCGACCUGACUGUCGCCACCAUCGCCGUCAAGUAUACUCAGUCCAACUCGGUGUGCUACGCCACUAGGGGACAGGUUGUCGGCCUGGGCGCUGGUCAGCAGUCCCGCAUUCACUGCACUCGUCUGGCCGGUGACAAGGCCGACAACUGGUGGCUGCGCUUCCACCCCCGUGUUCUGGGCAUCAAGUGGAAGAAGGGCACCAAGCGCCCCGACAAGAGCAACGCCAUCGACCUGCUCGUCAGCGGCCAGCUCCCUAAGUCGGGUCCGGAACGCGAGUCGUUCGAGGCUCUGUUUGAGGAGGUCCCUGCCGCCUUCACCGAGGAAGAGAAGACUGAGUGGCUCUCCAAGCUCACUGACGUCGUCGUUUCCUCUGACGCCUUCUUCCCCUUCACUGACAAUGUCUACCGCGCUUCCCGCACCGGAGUCAAGUACAUUGCCGCCCCGCUGGGCAGCCAGAAUGACGUUCCCGUUAUCGAGACGGCUGAGAAGCUCGGCAUCACCUUCGUCGAACAGAACAUCCGCCUCUUCCAUCACUAA